CGGAAGGAAAGAAAAGCAAGGUGCUGCGUAAUGCAAGCCGCUAGUUCGGUAGCAUUUGCGCAUGCGCCGUAGGGGAGGAAAAAAACCCACUUUAAUUCGGGUUUCGGUGUUCGGGCCUGCUGUGUGGGGAAGCCGCGAUGCCGGAUUAUUUGGGGACCGAUCAGCGCAAAACCAAAGAGGAGGAGAAGGAGGAUAAGCCUAUCCGUGCUUUGGAUGAAGGUGACAUUGCCCUGUUGAAAACUUACGGCCAGAGCACAUACUCGAGGCAAAUCAAACAAGUAGAAGAUGACAUUCAACAGUUGCUUAAGAAAAUUAAUGAACUCACAGGGAUUAAAGAAUCAGACACUGGCCUGGCACCACCCGCCCUUUGGGAUUUAGCAGCUGAUAAGCAAACUCUUCAGAGUGAGCAGCCACUGCAGGUGGCCAGGUGUACAAAGAUUAUCAAUGCGGAUUCCGAGGACCCCAAGUAUAUUAUCAAUGUCAAGCAAUUUGCCAAAUUCGUGGUGGACCUCAGUGACCAAGUGGCACCUACUGACAUCGAAGAAGGAAUGAGAGUCGGUGUGGACAGAAACAAAUAUCAGAUCCAUAUCCCCUUGCCUCCAAAGAUUGACCCAACAGUCACUAUGAUGCAGGUGGAGGAAAAGCCCGAUGUCACGUACAGCGACGUGGGAGGCUGCAAAGAGCAGAUUGAGAAGCUGAGGGAGGUGGUGGAAACCCCUUUGCUCCAUCCGGAACGAUUUGUCAAUCUCGGGAUCGAGCCCCCCAAAGGAGUCCUCCUCUUUGGCCCCCCUGGGACAGGCAAAACUCUCUGCGCCCGAGCCGUGGCGAACAGGACGGACGCUUGCUUCAUCCGCGUGAUCGGGUCCGAGCUGGUGCAGAAAUACGUGGGAGAGGGGGCCCGGAUGGUCCGGGAGCUGUUUGAAAUGGCGAGGACGAAAAAGGCCUGCCUCAUUUUCUUCGACGAGAUAGAUGCCAUCGGAGGUGCCCGCUUCGACGACGGGGCCGGCGGAGACAACGAAGUCCAGCGCACCAUGCUGGAAUUGAUCAACCAACUGGAUGGCUUUGACCCGCGAGGGAACAUCAAAGUCUUGAUGGCCACCAACAGGCCUGAUACUCUGGAUCCUGCCUUAAUGAGGCCUGGAAGAUUGGAUCGGAAGAUUGAAUUUAGCCUUCCGGAUCUAGAGGGAAGAACUCACAUAUUCAAAAUCCACGCCCGUUCCAUGAGCGUUGAAAGAGACAUAAGGUUCGAGUUGCUGGCUCGGCUGUGUCCUAAUAGCACUGGUGCCGAAAUCCGCAGCGUCUGCACGGAGGCGGGUAUGUUUGCUAUCCGGGCGCGGCGAAAAAUCGCCACCGAGAAGGACUUCCUGGAUGCUGUGAACAAAGUCAUCAAGUCAUACGCCAAGUUCAGUGCUACCCCUCGGUACAUGACCUACAACUAAUCUCGGAUCUGUCAGAGAGCCCUCAAGAAGAAGCUUGUUUCUGCAAAGUGCCGUAUUGUAGCCGGAUCGAGUAGAAGUAAAAAAGAGAACAUUCCAACUUACACAGUGGUCGUUCUUGAAAGUGUAACCGUUUAGCUUUAUUGUGAGUCUCAAAUAAAGGUUGUGAAAGCCAACUCAA